UGCGAGGCUGCCGCUGCUGCCCCUGCGGGCCCCGGGCGCGUCUCCGCGGGCGGCGCUGGCCGCGGCGCGGCGUGUGCACCGAGCGAGUGAAGGUAUGUGUGGCGGGCGCGGCUGGAGCUGCCGCUGCCGCCGCCGCGCCAGCAGGUCCUAAUGCCUGUCCCUUCCCAGGACGCUGGCAGCAGCAGCCCAGAGCCCCCGAGCCCUCGGCAGGUUCGCCCGUUCUUCCCCGCGAUCUGAUUGGAUAAAGUGGGGGCUCGACGGUGGCCGACGUGGGACAGUCUGGCUGUGGCAGGGGUCUCGGAAACCAUGGGUUAUUGCAGUGGCAGGUGCACGCUUAUCUUUAUCUGUGGCAUGCAACUGGUUUGUGUGCUGGAGAGGCAAAUAUUUGACUUCCUUGGAUAUCAGUGGGCACCUAUCCUGGCAAAUUUUGUACAUAUUAUUAUCGUCAUUCUUGGUUUAUUUGGAACAAUUCAAUAUAGACCUCGGUACAUAACAGGAUAUGCUGUCUGGCUAGUCCUCUGGGUUACGUGGAAUGUGUUUGUUAUCUGCUUCUAUUUGGAGGCUGGGGACCUCUCAAAGGAAACAGACCUUAUCCUGACUUUUAAUAUUUCAAUGCACCGAUCUUGGUGGAUGGAGAAUGGACCAGGAUGUACGGUGACAUCAGUGACACCCGCCCCAGACUGGGCCCCAGAAGACCAUCGCUACAUCACGGUCUCAGGGUGUUUUCUGGAGUACCAGUACAUAGAAGUGGCUCAUAGUUCCCUGCAGAUUGUCCUCGCACUGGCAGGGUUCGUCUACGCCUGUUAUGUUGUGAAAUGUAUAACUGAAGAAGAGGACAGCUUUGAUUUCAUAGGUGGCUUUGACUCUUAUGGCUAUCAAGGCCCUCAGAAGACAUCUCAUUUACAACUACAGCCUAUGUACAUGUCAAAAUAAUACAGAUGGCUUCAGUACGUCGGCUCCUGGACCUUUCAAAGAACUUGUUUCGCAGUGGCCUCCUGCAUUUUAUGAAGAGCAAGAAGCAAUUGAGUUUAAAUAUACAUACAUAUUUACAAAACAAACAUAAAGCUUCCAUACUGGGACACACACACACGCACACACACACACAGAUACAAACACAGGCACACACCAAUUCCUCUUGGCCUCCUCUUUCUAACUGAAACAGACAAAUAUGCAGGACAGGCCCAUUUUGGAUUUCCUGAAAGCAGGCUUCUUUCUCCCAGGCCUUUGGAAAGUUCCUAAGGAGACAUGUUGGUGCCCUCUGCUGGCCGUCACUAACUCCUCCGCAGCCCAGCCCUUCGGCCUCUGUGAGCUGUGAAGUCAUCCAGGGCACAUUAGUUUGAGAGCCCUGUCUUCUGCACUCCAUACGUCUUGAUAGCACCAUGGUUAUGUAGGCAAGGUAACUGCAAAAACCACAAACAAAACACGCCAUGAUGCCCCUGUCACCCAAGUCCGAAUGGCAGGUUGUUGGCCCUAAAGGCUGUACCGUACAUACUUGCCUUAACCCACCUACGUUGUGCGCCCAAGAAUCUCAGUGCAGACAUCCCCGAGUCACUUCCUUUAGGCUAACACACUGCUAUUAAUUCCGAGUGGGUUCCAGUCUGUGUGUUUCAUGUCGAGGAACAAGACUGCUUAGCUCAGCAGCUCCAGUGUGUCUGUGUACGAAACCGCCAGCUGUCAGCAAAGUGCUUUCCCAUUGAGCCUCCGUGGUGGCCAAAAAGAGACAAGUAACAAUAACCACAACAACAAUAAUCGUCAUCUUUAUAAUCCUUAACCAUGGUCUUCUGAUGGGGUUGAGUGGGACAAAGUAAAACUUAUUACUCUACUAAACUCCUUAAUCUACUGGAAGCAGAGAGCAGCAAUGGCUUAACUCACUGAUUGUAUUUAUCGCACUCUAGGUGCUUUUAAAAGUAUCUACAAAUGUCUUUUACUAACACAGAAACAGCUGUGGAUUUCUAUCGACAGAGGCCAACUGAAUAUGUAUUAGCUAUGUUUACUCUUUUAUAUCUAAUUCAAAUUGAAGACCCUAUGUAGGUGAACUUUUUUUCCUAACUUCAGCGUACGAGAUUAUUUUUUGGGUGGGCGGGGGGAGCAAUAGUUACCUUGGUGAAAUAUUUGAGAUCUCUUUGUGGUAUUCGGGGGAUCUGUUGCGUGUUAGAGUGUAUUUUAAUCCUCCUGUAUUAUUGUGGCAGAAAAACUGUGCUGUUAACGUAGUUGGCAACAAGAUGCCUUUGGAAACUUAAUAGUAGAUCAAUGUGUUUAUGGAAUAUUCUGGAUUCCUGGGAAAUUUUGUUCUAUAUAUUCAAGCAUUAUUUGGUUUUCACUAGUGGGAAACAUAAUUAGCUCAGGCUUGUCAGGAACUCAGAUGAGUCAUGGUUUUUCUUGGAUCCACCUGAGACACUAAAAUCAAUUUUUUUUUAACUAAUACAUCAUCCUUAAAUGGGGUGAAAUUCAGACUUGAAAAGUUACAAAUUGGCAUGGAGCAACUUUUUCUCUUGGUUUCUAUGAAGUUUAAGUUAUUGGGUUAACCUACCUUGGACCUUAACCCAUCCAGACCCACAUAAACCAGUCCCAUUACUGUGUUUGCAUGGAUGUCUGUGAUAUACACACAUAUACAUUUGAAAAUGAUAAAGGAACAAAGGUUACUACUGGAACAUAAACUACGAAAAAAGGUUCCAGCUCUUGUGCUUGAAUUUUCUCAGUGGUUUGUAUAUGUUUGUCCAUACAUACACUUAUAAAAUAUCCAAUUAAAUCAUGUCAGUGAAACCUCAUAUGAUAAUUUUAUAGUGACAUGCAUGUUUAACGUAUGAGAAAACUAUUUACCAAUGUAUUGUCCUUUGAUUCUUAAAAUAUAAAUACUAUACAUGCCAGAAACUAUUCUAACGUGACUAUUAAUGUGACUAUUAAAAUGAGGUUUCACUGUACAUUCAUGCUGUGAUGAGAUUCCACCUUCUAGGACGUGUAUAUGGAUAGAGAGUUCGGUGCACAAAGAUUUAGCCCUCAUAUUCCUGCUUUGAGUUGCAGCCAAGUUACCACCGAAUCACUCCGAUCAUCACCACCAAAAUUUUCAAAAACAGUUGUUGACUACUAAAAAGUAAUCAGUGGACAGGUCUUUUUUUGAGAGCAGUGAGCACAGUAGCGUGAUUAUAUCUGGAAAAACACCUAAGUUGUACGGCUGUAUCCUCCUCAAAAUCCGGUGAAGAAUGCUAUUUUUCUAGGCUGAGCUUUUGUUAUAAACCUAAUAUUCAGAAGGCAAGAGUUACAAUCCUGAUGUGUCUUUUUUUUCAUUUUUGCGUUUGUUAAUUCUGAAUGUAUUUUUAACAGAGUGAUUUUUUUGA